GCAAAGGAGUGCCCUCAAUGAUUGCCCCAAGAAAUAUAAAACUUCAAGCCGUUUUCUAAACUGGAUAAAUAAUGGGAGCUGAUCCUCCAUUGGGCCCCAUAGAGAAGAGGAAGACUCUCAGAAGACUUGAACUAGAGGCCUAUGCGUCAGUGGUGACAGCCUUCAGAGCUCAAGGACCUCUUACAGAGAAAAAGAAAGCGGCUUUAGAAUUACUCUGCAAUCACUUCAGUAUCUCAGCAGGGAGACAUAAAGCAGAAGUUCGCAGAGCUGUCAACGAUGAUCUACUUUUAUUAAUCGCUGAGGACUCAUUGUCAAGUGACUGGGAUAGACAAUGGCGUAAAGAAGGACAGAAACUUGCCCCCAGCAAUACUCGAUUCACAUCUCGGCCCACCACUCAUCUCUCACAAAUCCUAACAAACACCACUCUAGCUACACACCUUGCUAAGUCUGUCAAAGCACCUCCCAAAUCGACUGGAGCAACUAUCAAGCCUCGAGAGACUCCUACAAAGGCUCAAACUGAGAAGAAGACCCCAUCUCAGCGUGUACAGAAUGUCCUGAAGUACAUCAUUGCUCAGAAUCCACACGGAACAUUGGCUAAAUCUCAAACAAUGACAACUGGCAAAACAACUCGGAAAGCCCAAAGUGCACCCCCUACACCAUCAAAGAAGCCACUACCAGUGGACAAGAAGUUAGUACAAAUAACAGCCACAUCAUCACAAAUUGCAAAAGUGUUGAGCCCGCUGAAAGCUCUUGUGAUGAGCAAGUCCAAUGCGACUCAAUCCUCUGUUAAAACAAAAGAAGCCGAACAUAUAAAGAUCGACAAACAGGAGAGCCAGAAGUGUACAGAGACGAUGGAAAGUAGCCCCAAUGUUGCUCAACAAUCACAAACUAUUAACACUGACUUGAAUCUUGCUAACACUGCCGUUGAUGUUCCUUUUACAGAUAAAGCUUCUGAGCCUGAUAUAGAACUGUCCCAGAAAGAUAAUCAAGAAGUUUCUAAAACAGAAGCAUCCGAAAUUAUUGCAGUGGAAAAUACGUCAGAGGAGAAAAGUAGUGAUGUCACUGAGGGCAUGGACACUAAUGAACAAGCUAAAGACAGCACAUGUCUAGUUAAUUCUAGUGAUGAUUCCAAAUCCACUGAACCGCUUGUUGAAAAACUUGAAGAUGAACCUCCACCACCUCAAAUUGAAAGUGAAUGUCUCUUCACCCAAAAAGAUUCACCACUAGAUUUAGAGACUCAACCUGAGAGCACCGUGGACACUAUAUGUACUAUUUCCGCUGCCCCAGACACCACCCCCACCACUACAUCUCCUGUACACUCAUUAAAGCUGGAUAGAAAUCGAAAGCGACCGGCCGAAAGUGACCCCCCACCACCUGUGAAAAAGCAAGCUCUCUCUCUAACUCUCACCACUGAGGAAGUUACACUCACUCAGAGCAGUAAAGCUGACACAUUGAAUCCUCCCAGCACACGGAGCCCUAGAGAAUCUCUUGAUUUUCCCUCACUAUCUGACGAAGAAUCGAAUACCACCACACUCAUACAUAAUCUGGUCCAAGAAGAAACGCCGACCGUAGACGCUGACAAACUGUUACGAUCACUGUCAACGGAUUCGUACAAUCGAGAAGAAUCUGAACUUGCCUCUGAGCUAGGGGUAGAUCCAUCAUUGUUGGACCUGACAGAAUUCAUGGGGAUCAUUCAGCCCGAUGGAAUCCCUGGCACUCCCACCACCCCCCUAUCUCUGCCCCUUAUCAAUCAGUCAGCUUCUGUGGAGGAACCAGAACAUUCUUCCAAAGCCAGUCAUACUGAUCUAACAACACCUACGAUUGGAUUGGAAAUCGAAAAACAAGCAACUAUUGAUCACUCUACCGAAAAAGUCAUAACUGAUAUCGAUGUUACUGCCAUGCAAACUGAGAGUUCUGUGAGUGCUGAUACUGUAGUUACACAGACAACCCUAAUUGAAGGGGGGUUGAGCUCUAACGAAUCGGAUGUUGUCCAACUGACCUCCAAAGACUUUGACAUCCUUCGUGAGAUUGGAAUGAAUGAUGCUGAUCUUCUGGAGGGGAUACCACAAGAACUGGCCGCCACUAUACAAGCCAUAGCCAAUAUCGAAGAGGAAGACACUGUACCAUGGAAACAUUAACUUCUUGACUUGUUUAUUAAAUAUAUUAUACAAUGUAAUCAUGUUUGUCAAAAAAUAAUAUGUAUCACAGUC